GCAAGCUGUGCAAGCUUCUGGACCAUGGCAGACAGCAUCUUGCGGAAGAUCCAGCCCUUCACCAUCAGCACUAAGCUGUCCGCACCCACGGGGCCCAAGUUUGGCCAUUUCGCGGAGAGUUUGGCCCCGAGCCGGGACCUGGAGCCCAGCCUGAGCGAGCAGGUGUCGCUGUACCUGGGCGGGGCCCACUCACCUGUGGCGGCGCAGGUGAGCCGCUUGGAGAGGCAGCGCGUGGAGGCGGAGGAGGACCAUCCGACCGGGAACGCCGCGUGCCUCUCCACCUCCUCCCGAGCCAUCCGGAAAAUCAGCAUCUCCGGGAAUGCUGAGCCCCCCGGAGACGGACAGCCCGAGAACUGCGGGGCCCCCAAAUCCGAAAACAUCAACAACAACAACAACAACAUCCCCUCCUCACCCCUGCCCAGGAUCAUUGGCGUGAGCUGUGAGAACAAGCCCAGUCCUCAUUUUAAGGUUUUGCUCAGGAAAGGCGGGUGUGUGGUGAGACAGGGGGUUCUGGAGGAAGGGUCCGGUGGGACCGGCACCAGGACCAAUCCAGCCUUUCAGAUUCCUGUGAUGAGGGCCCUGUCACCCAAUCAGGAGCCAGCUAAGAGGGAAGGCCUGCCAUAUGGACAUCCAGAGGCCCCUCCCACCAAUGACUGCUCCUUCACUCAGCGAAACGCCCUAUUUGAUAGGGAGCUCCUGCAGGCCGAGCAGUGGAUGAAGGUGAAGCAGCAGGAGCUGAGAGACACGCAGCGUCGCCCCCUACAGGACGGGCUGUCUCACAGCCUGCAGAGAGACCUCAGGGACUUUGAGAACACCCUGAUUCAGCUCAACCAGAUGGGGGAGCAGCUGCUGUGCAGGCCCAACCCUGCCGCUGACCAGGUCAGGAAGCAGCUGGGCCAGCUCAGGGACCAAUGGCAAGCUCUGAAGCAGGCCGCCGCCGGCCAAUCAAAGGUGGCGGGCGGAGCCAGGAACAUGCAGGAGUUCAACAGGAAGGUGGACAGGCUGGAGGCCUGGAUUAAAGAGAAGCAGGAAGAGGAGGAGUGUCUGGCUAAACUGCAGGGAGAAAACAUCGACAGGAUGCAGCUCACGAGGAGGAUCCUGGAUCUGAAACAGGACGAGCAGCUCUAUCGCUCCCUUCACGAGGAGAUCAACCACCUGGCCCUGAAGCUGGAGAAGCAGGGGAAGACCGAGGGGAAGAACAUCUCCGCCCGGAGAAAACACAUCAACAAAAUGUGGCAGAAGGUCCAGGCCCUCCUGAAGGACUACCAUGAAACCCUUCAGCUGGCUCUGGAGGUGUCCUCUUUCUACCAGCAAGCAGACAACAUCAUCACUGCCAUCAGUAACAAGAGGAAGAGCGUGUCGGUGCGGAGUGAGCGGGAGGGCAGUGGGGACCGAGAGAUUCGGGACAUCGGGAGCCAAGUCAUGAUGCUGGAGGUCACAGUAUCCCAGCUGUCCAAGCUCCACCCAGCCCUGGCCGAGAGGGUGUUUCAGAAGCAGGGGGAGGUGAAGGAAGGGUGGACCCUCCUCCAGAAGGCGGUCAGAAAUGAGAAGUCUGCCCUCCCCCCCACCAGCCCCGAUUUCUCCAGGAGGGACGAGGACCCUCUGACCCCCUGCAAGGAACAGCAGUGCAGCAUGGGAGCUGAGACGCAAAGGAUGAUGGGAAAGGACAUCAAAGAGGAGCAGAACCGGCUAAAAGGACAUGUGAGUGUGGGGAACGCCGGGAGAAACAGGAAGUCGACCGGCACCCAGGAAGAAGAGCUGCUGUCGCAAAGCCACGCCCCCUCAGGCACAGGAAGUAGCAUCGUUCGCGCGGAUGACAUCACUGGCAGACCUCGGUCCGGGAGGGACAGGAAGCAAACGAGCCAAUCCAAGCCCGGCACUCUGCCAGGACAGGCACAGCCCCGCCCACAGAUGCACACACAGCUGCAGAAGUUUACUGUGUCAGCAGACAAGACGCUCUCGUGGUUGAAGGACAACGUUGCCAUGGCGACCCAGACGUGCUGCCCGGCGACCCGUGACGGGUUCGAGGCGGCGAGGCGUCGUCAGGCGGCCCUGGAGCAGGAGAUCCAAUCGAACGCCGCCCGGAUCGAGCUGGUGAAGAAGGAGGGGCGGGGCCUGGUGAGAGCAGGGCAUCCUGGGAGCAGGAAGAUCGGGCAGUUCCUGGAGCAGCUGGAGGCGCUGUGGGAGGAGCUGAAGAGGAGGCACAGGAGGAACCUGCACCUCCUGCAGGAGGCUGAGAGACUCAGUAUAGAGCAGGCCGUGCGGGUCCUCCUGCAGCUGGACUCUCUGGAGCGGGGGCUGCAGACGGUGGAGGCGGCCCUGGGGGGCCGCAGGGGGGCGGGGGACCCCCAGAACGUGACGGCGGCGGAGCAGCAGAGCAGUGAGCUGGAGAGGGAGGUGUCGGCGCGGGGCCUGCAGCUGCGCAGCCUGCGGCAGGACGUGGAGCGUCUGCGCAGACACCUGCAGACCCCGCAGCUGCCGCUGCGCCUGGAGCAGGUGGAGGAGAGGUUCCGGCGGGUGCAGAGCGCCCUCACACAGCAGAGCUCAGAGCUGAGGGACACCCGCAUGCUGACCGAGUUCCUGGAGCGCGUGGAGCUAGAGGAGAGCCAGGCACAGCAGGGCCGUUGCUAUGGAGACCUGCCACAGUCUCUCCACAGCGAUGCUGGCUGCAGGGUCUCUGUGCUGGGCUUGCAGGGGCACAGGGCCGGGGAGCCCCUGCUGGAGGGCAUGGGAGACCCUGUGGAGGAGCUGCGGGAGGCGGUGGAGAUGCUGAACGACACGGUGAGGGAGAGAGGCCGGUCCCUGUGCCAGGAGCAGGACCUGCAGGAGCUGCUGAGCCGGCACUCCUCCCUGACAGCGAGGAUCGCUCAGCGGCUCUCCCGCGCGGCCCAGCUCGGCGAGGACGUGCAGGGGGCGGAGUCAGACAUGGCCGUGCGCUGUGAGCCUGAGCGCUCCGGGCUGGAGGCCCUGCAGGAGCAGCAGGAGGAGCAGGAGACGGAGCUGGCGGGGCUGGAGCGGGAGGCGGAGGAGGUGACGGCGCUGGCGGCCCAGCUGGAGGAGCAGUGCCCAGAGAGGGUGCAGGACCUGGCCCCUGCGCUGCGGACCACCCUGCAGGCCUCGGCCCAACUGCGCAGACGCUGCGCGGAGAACCGCGCCCGUCUGCGCAAAUUCACGCAGCUGCGCUGCUUCUUCAGGAAAUACCUCGCCAUGAUCUCGUGGACAGAGGACACCCGUGACCGUAUCUUCUCCGAGAGCGCGGUGCAUGAUGGGACGGGCAGCGAGCGGCCGGAGGCCUCGGAGAUGGACGAGAAGAUCGAGCAGAAGUUCAGGGACUUCGACGACCUGGCUGUGGCAGGGCAGAGUCUGAUGGAUGCAGGGCAUCACCUGACCGAGCUGAUACAAGAGCGGAUGGAGGAGCUGAGGAGCAUGCUGGGAUGGAUCCUGGUGCGCUGGAGGUCUCAGAAACACCAGAAGAAGAACGGCAGGAAGGGGAAAGCAGAGCCCAAAGGAGACAACAUUUACUCAGAGGCUACAGUCAGCCCUGCUCAACAGUCGGAGCUCCAGGGCUUGGCAGGCGCACCAGCCAAUCAGCCGGCAGCAAGCCCCGGUUGCCAUGACAAACUGCUGCAGACGGAGGGCGGGUACGAGGUGAUGAGCAGCAUGGGGCUGUGGGGCGGAGCCUCGGACACGCCCAGCCCACAGGCCCCGCCCCUCGUGCUCACACAGGAGACCAGCCCCCCGGCACUAGGGGGCGCCGUCAACCUCAUCCUCAGCUUCUCGACACCAGGAGACCCGCAGGGAUACACACCGGCGGGAUGGGCGGAGACGGAGCCAGUGCACAGGCCAGUGGAGUCUCACUCCUCUGCUUGUAAAGACUUUUGGAGGCGUUGCCAGGGUCUUUUGGGAAAUACGUUGGGUAGUUUAAAGCAAAAGAGAAAGAUUUUCCGCCAGAGCAUGGACGAGGUGCAGUCCAUGAGCCUGCUGUCAGUCCACAUGGGGGGGGGCCCGAACGCAGAGCUGGGACGGGGCCCCGCGGAGGGGGGGCCCGCCACGACCACGGGGCCGGAGUUCCAGUCCAUGGAGGGCACUCUGGAGAGGAAGCACAGACUGCAGCCGGGCGGGAAGAAGGCCCCCUGUCGAGCCUGGAGCUCCUCCCACGCCGUGCUGCACAGACACACCCUCUGCUUCUACCAGGACAGGAAGCACACCCUGAGGAGCUCUGAGCCUGGUCUGCCGCUGAGCCUGCUGGGAGCAGAAUGUUCUCCAGCUCCGGAGUACACCAAGAGGAGCAACUGCUUCAGUCUGCGGCUGCGUGAUGGCUCAGAGUUCCUCCUCAGUGCCUCCUCUCGCUUCCUGAUGAGGAAAUGGUUGCUGAAGAUCCAGGCAAAUUCAGGCCUCAGUGAGUCAGACCCUUCCAGACGUAUCUCAGAGCCUGGCUCACAGGACAAUCUGCCCAUCACCCAGAGUCACACGGGCACAGCCAGAGACAAAGAGAUCAUAGUCCUGACCAGAGCUGGCACACAGAACGCACCGCAGCACCAUGGGAUCUUGGAGGACCUUUCCCCCCGUUCAUCUUCAGACGCAGGUCACAGUGACUCCUACAGCUCCCUGCGGCGGGCGGUGAAGCAGAGGCUGUCUCAGAGACCCAGGUUUGGGGACCCCUCCCCGAGCGACAGUCUGGGGCGCCCCAGCAGCAAGCGCCGAUCACAGUCCUUCACGUCAGCAACCUACCAGAAGAUCAGCCCGGUACGUCCGAACCCUGCUGCCCGAGGGGGCGGGUCCAGCUACUCUGUCACUCUGGUCAUUGGAGACGAGGCCACGCCCACCAUCGCUGAGAAGCCGCAGCUGAUUGGCUGGAGGCAGGAGGCGUUCCAGGACUCGCCCGGGGGGAGGGGUUACACCAGCCUCCCCCGACCGCGAAACAGGUCGGUCUUCCAGAGGUUUUUCGGGAAGAAGGAGUGGACACACGACCUCUGACCUUCGAACUCUGAGGGGAAGAACCCGCAGCGGGACUCACGGAUACUGUAGGUUCUCCCUGCAGAUAUGCAUAUCCUCCCUGCAUUCUGGUAUCUGCAAAACAAUGGGGUCUUCACUUGUAUUCAAAUAUUUAUUACUCAGAGAUGACGAAGAGUCAUUGAUAAAUAUGCAAAAUGACAUGACAUGAAGCAGGUUUUUUUCACCAAAAUAUUUAUACAUUUGAAAAGCAGUAUAUUAUAAUCUGCCACACAACCUGCAGUCACAAUCAGCCGUUCUUUUGUUUUCUUUCCUCACCUUUCCUUCUUUUUUUAUCCCUAAUUUCUGGAAUUCAGUUGUGGAGUCACCACUGCCCCACCUACAGGCCAGGAUGAGUACUGCAUUACUGCAAGUGCAGAUAGAUCCAUCCGUCUCUUGGCGUUUCACCUCUGCAGAUAUAUAUUCUGUUCAUCUUUGACUCCAGCGCUGGUCUGUUCUCACACACAGCUGCCCCUUUUCUCAUAUUUAUUGACUGUUUGUUUUUAUUAAUAUUUGUUGCUGUGUACUGUGCAGUUUUGUUAUAAAACAUGUUUACGUUAA